UACUGAACAGUUUAACAGAAACAAAGAAGGAGAGAGAAAAAAAUGGCGUUGUUUGGAUUUUGGCAAACAUGUAAAAUUAUCUGAGUCGGCGUUUUGUCAUAACAAAAAAAAGUAAAUAUUAACGAACAAACGGCCAAACAAAAUAUAGAGGUUAUGGAGAAGAAUCAGAGCAAGGAGGCGGAGGACGACGACGAGGUGAGGGCUGUGGCGGGAGAAGCGGCGGAGACGGUGGAGGAGGAGAACGAAGGAGAGGCGGGAUCCAGUUUGACGUUAGAGCGGGUAGCUGCUGCGAAGCUGUUCAUUGAGAAUCAUUAUAGGGCUCAAAUGAAGCAUAUUCAACAACGGAAAGAGAGGCGGUCUGAGCUGCAAAAACAGUUGGCAUCUUCUGAUGUAUCUCAAGAGGAUCAAGUUCAUCUACUGAAGGAUUUAGAGCGCAAAGAGACGGAAUAUAUGCGACUGAAGAGGCACAAAAUUUGUGUUGAUGAUUUUGACCAUUUGACCAUCAUUGGAAGAGGGGCUUUUGGAGAGGUGAGGCUCUGUCGGGAGAAGAAGUCCGGUAACAUCUAUGCCAUGAAAAAACUGAAGAAGUCAGAAAUGCUUAGCAGGGGACAGGUUGAGCAUGUUAAAGCUGAAAGGAAUUUGCUUGCAGAAGUUGCCAGUCACUGCAUUGUCAAACUCUACUAUUCCUUUCAAGAUACUGAAUACUUGUAUCUUAUCAUGGAAUAUCUGCCCGGUGGAGACAUUAUGACUUUGUUAAUGAGAGAAGAGACUUUGACCGAAACUGUGGCUAGAUUUUAUAUUGCACAGAGUGUCCUGGCCAUAGAAUCUAUUCAUAAACACAAUUACAUUCACAGAGAUAUAAAACCUGAUAAUCUAUUGCUGGACAAAUAUGGUCACAUGAAGCUUUCUGAUUUUGGCCUUUGCAAGCCUCUUGACUGCUCAAAUUUGUCUGCUAUAAAUGAAAAUGAUGUUCUUGAUGAUGAGAAUUUGAAGGAAUCCAUGGAUUUUAAUGGACGAUUUCCAGAUGCUGGUGGAAGGCGCUGGAAAAGUCCCCUUGAACAACUACAGCAUUGGCAGAUAAACAGAAGAACAUUGGCAUAUUCCACAGUUGGCACACCAGAUUAUAUUGCUCCCGAAGUAUUGCUCAAAAAGGGAUAUGGUGUGGAGUGCGACUGGUGGUCACUUGGUGCAAUUAUGUAUGAGAUGCUGGUUGGCUAUCCUCCAUUCUACUCAGAUGAUCCAGUAACGACAUGCAGAAAGAUUGUGCACUGGAGAAAUCACUUAAAAUUUCCAGAGGAAGCUAGGCUGACACCUGAAGCAAAAGAUCUGAUCUGUCGGUUGCUUUGUGAUGUUGAAAAGAGACUGGGUACUCUCGGAGCUGACCAAAUUAAAGCUCAUCCUUGGUUCAAAGAUGUUGCUUGGGAAAAACUUUAUGAAAUGGAGGCAGCAUUUAAACCACAAGUUGAUGGGGAACUUGAUACUCAAAACUUCAUGAAGUUUGAUGAGGUUGAAGCUCCACGAACGAGAAGAGGAUCAGGCCCUAUGAGAAAGAUGAUGUUAAAUUCUCAAGAUCUUAGUUUUGUUGGUUAUACCUAUAGGAACUUUGAUGCAGUCAAAGGGUUGCAUCAUUCUUUUGAUUUAAAGAGAAGCACAUCACAAUCAUCAACCGACUCUUUUCAUAGUGAUUCCGCAGUGGACUAUUCUAAAAACUUGUCGGACGAGUUGGAGAUUCAGAAGCUCGAGUCAGACGGAGAUCCUGCAUCUCCAUGACAAGAUAUCACUGCUUUCUCAUUUCUUAGCAUGUAAACUGUCUGGUAUAGUGGCAUUAACGGACGGAAUGCCCCUCUUUUGAAGACGGAGAGGGAGGGUCUACCUGCUUAUUUUUUGGUCAGGUUUGCCCUAAUUAUGAAGCUUACUUUGCGAUUUUUGAACCGGUCAGUCGAUUCUCUACUAACGAUAAAAGGCCAAGUCCCACCCAUGUAAAAAUCUUCGAGUUCUUACCUGGACUGCCCAGGCUGGCGUAUUAUUUAUUUAUGUCUUCGCUUGUGGCAGUGCAAGUCGUUUCUCUUUGUACUUCCAUUUUAGUUAGUCUAAGAAGCUGUGAAAACCAGGCCAGAGCUGUAAUCUAAUUUCUGUUUAUUGGCGACUGCUAUUGUAUGCAUAGCCAUGAGGUUUUGUGAUUGGUACAUGAGAUUUAAGUAUAUGCUCUUUAUGCUC